AUGACCCCAUUCAUUCUCCUCUAUAUACAACCCUAGCAUCCUCUGUUCACAACCACAACUUCCAUCUUCCCCUCUUCUCUCUCCUCUCUCUAUCUCCCCCUCCUUCCUCUAAACCCUCAAAAUGCUUAAUUUAAGAGGCAGAAACAUACUGUUCAUUCCUCAUGGCAGAGAACCAAAGGGAAUGAGGCUCAUCAUUCUAUUCCUUCUAUCAACGGCUAUAAUUCUCUCUGCUUCCAACACCAAAAACCAACCCCAUUCCGUUUCCAAAGGACUCAACUUUUUCAAAACCACAAUCACAACUCCAUCUUCCUCCAAUGCAGCCCUAAUAACCUCAGCCUGCAAAUCCACCCUCUACCCCGCCGUCUGCCACUCGACCCUCUCCGGAGCCCCGUUCGCGUCUCUGCAAGACCUCUUCGCCGUCUCCGUCAAAUCCGCGAAGCUCCGCGCCGCUGCCGCCCGCGCCGAAACCCACAACCUCGGUGUCACUCCUGCUGCCAUCAACGACUGUCUCGAGCUCCUUGACAUCAGCCUCGAGCAGCUCGACAGCGUCAUCGGAUCCUCCGGCGAGAAAACGGAGUCAAGCGCGCACGACAUCCAAACAUGGCUCAGCGCCUCGCUGACCAACCAGGUCACGUGCACCGACGGGCUUGAGCACGCGCGCGUUGACCAAAAAGCGAAGACAACCGUGACGGAGCAAGUCAACUUGCUGUCGCAGUACAUAAGCAAUGCCCUCGCGCUGCAUGCGUGGAUGAAUGGGAGGGUUGGCAUCGGGAGGCGGUUAACGGAUGGCGGCGGGUUUCCGGAGUGGGUGAGUGAGGGGGACAGGAAGCUUCUAGAAGCUUCGCCGGGGGACAUUCGUGCGGUGGCGGUGGUGGCUAAGGAUGGGAGCGGUACGCACCGUAGUAUUAAUGAGGCGAUCGCGUUUGUGUCGUUGGAGACCGGCGGAGGAGGGAGGAGCGUGAUUUACGUGAAGGCGGGAACGUACAGAGAAUACAUCAAGAUUCCCACAAAGCAGAGGAACGUGAUGCUGAUGGGAGAUGGGAAGGGGGAAUCUGUGAUCAUAGGGAGCAAGAAUGCUGAAGAUGGUUCCAGCACCUACGACUCCGCUACUGUCGCCGCCAUGGGAGCCGGCUUCAUCGCCAAAGGCCUAACCAUCAUCAACGACUCCGGCCCCAACAAGCAGCAAGCCGUCGCCCUUCGCGUCGGCGCCGAUCGCUCCGUCAUCUACCAAUGCUCGAUCCAAGGCUACCAAGACACCCUCUACACCCUCUCAAACCGUCAAUUCUACCGUGACUGCGAUAUCUACGGCACCGUUGACUUUAUCUUCGGCAACUCCGCCGCCGUCUUCCAGAACUGUUUCAUUCAACCCCGCAAACCCGCCAGCGGUCAAUACAAUUCAAUCACCGCACAAGGCCGAACCGAUCCUAACCAGAACACCGGUAUCUCCAUUCAAGGCUGUCGGGUGAGCGGCGGCGCCACCGGUGGCGCCGCAACAUAUCUCGGCCGGCCGUGGAAACAGUACUCCAGAGUUGUGUUUAUGGAGACAGAGAUUGACGGGUCGGUUAGCUCCGCCGGGUGGGAAAGAUGGGCCGGUAACUUUGCGCUCAGUACGCUAUAUUACGGUGAGUACGGGAAUACCGGGCCGGGUGCGAGGACUUCGGGUCGGGUCAGGUGGCCCGGAGUGCACCCGGAUAUGUCGGCUGCUGAGGCUUCUAUGUUUACCGUAGCGAAUUUUAUCGCUGGGAAUUCCUGGAUUCCGGCAACCGGAGUUGAGUUUAAUGGUGGACUCUAGUUAAGAGGAAAUAGCUCAAGCGUAUUAUAUUUAAAAUUU